AUGUCGGCUUCAACGUACGGGUCUACUGAUGCGCAACCUUCCACUUCUAGUGCCCACCAAUCGAGUCUUCCAGAGGGCUACCAGCCCAGAAACAACUCCAGGUAUGAAGAAUCUAAGAAGAUUCCAAGGAAAUAUAAAGAUUAUGAAGAAUUCUUGAGUACUCAAAGUUUAUUAGAGUCAGGAGAUGGAAACAGCAUCAUCGACGAGACACUAACAAGGAACCUGGGAGAAGCCGUCUGCCGUACAAUUUGUGAAGAAGCCCCUGAGCUACCAUCCCCAAUUUUGAGUUUUGUGAGUGCUCAUAAACUUUACUUCACUCUAGGGGUAGUCAUACUUCUCGUCAUUUUCAGCAUAGUUUUAUAUUACACAGGGAAUGGCGAUAUUGUUGUGAUACUCUGGUAUAAGAUUCUUUGCGCACUGGGGCUUCUUGAUUGUCGGUCAGAUCUUUAG